GCCCACCGCCCGGGGCGCGGGAAGCCGUAGCCGACAGUCCAGCAUCGGUCGCCUCAGCCGUAGGUCACGCUGGGGCUGUGUGUGGACAAGGUGGAGGCGCUUCCCGACUACAGGGAGGCGACGAAGCAGCCGCCGGCGACGGCGAAGACGAUGGCGCCACAGGCACCCCCACUGCUGUACUACAUGGCGGCCAGCCCACCGUGCCGCUCAGUGCUGCUUCUGGCGCGCGCCCUGGGGCUGCGUAUCGUACUGCGCGAGCUCAACGUACUGGCCGGCGAGCAACUCGACGCCGCCUUCAUCAAGUUAAAUCCGCAGCACACCGUUCCAACAUUAGAUGACAAUGGUUUCAUUUUGUGGGAAAGCGGUGCCAUACUGUGCUACAUGGCCGACCAGUAUGCGAAAGAUGACUCUCUAUACCCGAGGGACCCGAAGCGCAGAGCCGUUGUCGACCAGCUGCUCUACUUUGACAGCGCAACUCUGCAGCAGCGUAUUAACCAGUAUUUCCGACCAGUAGCUUUCGGUGGGGCCAAUCCUGACCCGUCAAACCUGCAGAAGGUGGAAGAGGCGCUGGGCUACCUGGACAAGUUCAUCGAGGGCCGCGCAUGGGCGGCUGGCGACUACUGCACGCUGGCUGACUUCUCGCUCGCAGUCAGCGUUAGUAAUGCCGAGGCGUUUGGCGUUAACAUCAACAAGUACCCGCAGAUCAGGAAGUGGUACACGAGAUCAAAGCAGGAGAUGCUCGGCUUCGAAGAGCUGAACCAGGCCGGCGCCAAUACGCUGGCCAGCAUACUCAAGCACAAGGCCCAAGAGAACGAGGGAGACAAGGAGCACACUUGAAGCACUUCCGUGUGACGUCACAUCACGUCACGGCAUGUCACGUCUCUGUCGCUGCACGUCUCCUUCCAGUCACAGGGCAACUCAGCAAAAGGCAGCCACUCUUAGCUCCUGUACUGAAAAAUAUCUCUGCCUAUAUAUAGUCAAAUAAAUAUGCAAACCACUGUC